AUGAACCGUAGACAGAGUCAGCCGCCUUUAACUGUCAAAGAACCUUGCUAUCGUUGUGCAUGCGGGAGAAUAAUUCCGAUCAGUGAGAUCAUGAGCAAACAGUCAAUAUAUCCAAGCACGACCGCUUUUCAUGACACUGUGUCAUCUUCACGGUUACCGCAUAUAUCAGCUCGUCGUCUUAUAGAAAAGGCGGAAAGAUAUAUUCACGUCGAUGCUCCAUGUAAAACUUUAAUGGGUGAUGUUUGCGAUUUUACUCCCGGACAAAAUGGGUUUUCGGUUGAAAAGAAUGCAGAAGAAAUUUCUUUAUAG